ACAGUCAAGUUCCUCCUCUUCCAUCCCCUUCUCCUCUAUUCAACAAAAUGUUGGGAAAGAAGCUUGGUUCAAUGAAGAAACUAGCCAAGAAGGUUAAGGUCCUUGGCAAUGCCGACCGCCAUCUAUCACAAAAAUACGAGUGUUUGCUCAGAGAUGACGAAGGAGGAGCCUCCCCAACCGCCACCACCAGACGCACAGGUACUUUUGCAGUGUACGUAGGCGAGGAUCGUCAAAAAUUCGUGGUCCCAACAGCUUAUCUCUCCCACCCUCUGUUCAAGAUAUUGCUAGAGAAGGCCUACAAUGAGUUUGGAUUUCAGCAAAGCAAUGGCCUGGUUCUACCCUGCAGCGUCACUGUAUUUCAGGAAGUUAUAAGUGCAGUUGAAUGCAGCCAUCGAAAAUUUGAUUUUGGAGAAUGGGUAGAGGAGUUUAUUUAGGUAAUAUUAUAUAUAUGAGCCUGUAAAAUACAUGCAGCUCAUCAAAUAGGUCCAGCAUACUGUUUAAGACACUGCCAAGCUUGAGAAUUUUGAGGUAGUUAUUCAGUUAGUCAACUAUUGUUGUAAAUAUUAGCAAUGCACAAGAAAUUCAGUAGCUGUAA